UUUUGAUGCAGCCCAGGAUAUGGUUGGCUUUCUGGGCUGUGAGGGCACAUUGCUGGCUCAUGCCCAGCUUGCCAUCCACCAGUACCCCCAGGUCUUCUUCAGCAGGCCUGUGCUCUAUCCUUAUGUCCCACAGCUUGUAUUGGUAAUGGGGAUCAGGCGCUUGGCUACAUCAAAGUGUAUGCAGAAAUAAACAAACUGAUGCUGGGUAGGGAUUUACAAAAUGUUUGCUAAAGCUGUGGAUCAAAGGGGAGUUGGCCAACUUCACCUGUAGUCCAGCAAAGAGCCACAGAGAUAAUUAAGGGCUGGAGCAUCUGUUCUACAAGGAGAGAGAGAGCUAGGUUGGUCAGCCUGGAGAGAAGGCGAUUCAGAGGGACCUCAUCCAUGUGUACGUGUACUUGGUGGGGCAGUAAGGGAGCUGGGCUCUGCUCAGAGCCCAGUGCCAGGACAAGAGAGCACAAAUGGGAAACUCCAGUUAAACACGUAAUUACUGUGAAAGUGGUCAAAUAGAGAGGCUGUGCAGUCUCUGUCCUUGGAGAUGUCCAGGGCCACAGCCCUGAGCAACCUGCUAGAGGCAGCCCUGCCCUGGCUGACACCCAAGGUGCCUUAUGCCACUCUUUGAAGACAGUGCUAAAGACAGAAUCGUGUUGCUUUUGUGGAGGAGUGUUUGCACAUUCUCAGCCAUCUUUUCCAUGAAUGCAACUUAAAAUAGACACGUAGCUAAUUAUUAGCCUCCACGUGCAACACUCACACUCCUGCAGCUGGAUGAGAGCCGAUGAAAAGACUCAAUUCCAAACUCCCAGCAACUGGACAGCAUGAAGCUGAAGUCCCUCACAUACAAAAAAACUACUUGUGAGCAGAUUUCUGCUCACACUGAGAGGAUCUGGGGCACUGAAUAAGAUGAGAACUGGUGAAACAUUACAUGUGCAGACAAACGUCCCAACAUAUGAGGCAUUUUACAGAGGUAUCCCAGAAAAGGAAGAUUUCUUCUCUUUCUCUUGAUGUUCCCAGUCAGGUAGAUCUACACAUUAAACAUGUCCAAACUAUUUCAGCCACAGCGCAGAGAAUUUUCCUUCGCUGGCUUAAAGCAUCCCACUGCCACAAGCUCUCUGUGCUGCUGGUUAGAAGGGAGCUCCCUUCACACAACAGAAAUUUGUCACAGAAAGACAAGCCCUAAAAACAUGGUUUCGUUAUAAAUAACUCACCAAUGUGUAACUAUAAGUCUGCCAAUCUAACAACACAUUUUCUUUCCACGUAACCUUUGCAGAGAAGCACCUGACAUCGUCUACCUGUAAGCACUGGAUCAGCAGCGAGCAAGGCAGGGCCUGGGAUUUAGAAAACCCCAUCACACAGCACCGCUGCUUCCCCCCCCAUGAUGCACAAAACCAUAAAAAAAAUUCCCCCCCAUGAUGCACAAAACCAUAAAACACUGAGGGAAAAUGCCUACAUGGAGGGAGGGGAAGGAAGAGAGAGGGAGCUCACGUUUAUUCAGCUACGCCUUGCUCCCUCCCCUCCUGAAACUGAACAGAACAAAAAAAAAAAAAAAAAAAAAGAAAAGAGUUGCUGGUUGCUGAUGUCAUCCAAGUGCUAGCAUUAAUCACUCACAGCAUCACCGGUACAGGCACGGGAGCAUAUAACGGGGAUGUGCAGGCAGUGUGCUGCCCAACGUGAGGCAAGCAAAGGAGGGGGGAAAGGACAGCAUUCUUCUCCUCCGUGUUCUCUGAAAACCAAGGCAACAGCACCUCUAGACAAGAUGUGGCCCUGCCUGAAUUUAAGUAGAAGAGGCAAAGAAACCAUGCACCAGCAGCACCGUGGGGAAAGAGACGGGAGUGAGCAGUGAGAACUCAGUCCCUGGAAUCUGAAGGGAAGAGAAAGCAAAGUGGCAACAGACAGCAUGAAGCAGUAACUCCCGAGGAAAGCGAUGCAGAACGUUCGGUGCCUGUUCAUUCAUUUUCACGGCAUCACCACCUGGUAGUCCUGUUCCAACAUUUCUGCCACGGAGUGAUUAGUGCUACGAUCCACACAGCAUCCCCUGUGCUGCAGCGUCUCAGCUAUCAUCCGGGGAAGCAAUAAUUCCCCCUUCCCAAAGAGGGAUAUUGCUGCUGGGAAAGCCAAUACACAACAGCAGCGCCGCAAUGGGAAUAACCAUCCAGAACAUCACAGGAAACACGGCGAUGGUGAUUUGGCCCAGAAUGGCCGGCUGUGCCGACAGCUUUUACAGUGUCAUGUACCACCCCAACUGGAACAGCGUGCUGUCCAGCUACUCCAGGAAGAGCUUCCAGAAGGAGGAGAGGGUGCCUGCCAGCCGCUCCUCAUUUGUGGUGGAAAACCUCACCCCGCUGACCACGUACCUCCUCUGCGUCACCUGCCAGUCUGCCAGCCCCUCCAGCGACCAGUGCCGGGUGUUCAACACGCUGGAACGAGACCCAGCAUCUGCCAGCACCACCAAGAAGGAGCUGGCGUUGGGCAUCUGGUUGGCCAGCAGCCUCCUGCUGCUCAUCAUCGCCGCAGUCCUCCUCUACGGCUGCCUGCACCUGCUGUGCCGCACGAGGCGGGAGCGGUCACGGGCGCGAGCCGGGGCCUCCCGGCAGGAGGCGCGGACCAAAGGCCUGGCACAUGGCUUGGAGGAGCCCAGCGGGGAGAGCCAAGUGCUGCAGGACAGCGAGGAGAGGCAGCCAGAUGGCAUCCAGCUGGCCACCAUCAUUGAGAAUCCCGCAGCCUGCAGGGAGCCUGGCCAGCUGGUCUCCAGCAGCCGGGAACGAGUGCCAGCUGCAAGGCAGUGCCCCGCUGUCAGUUAGGAACCUUAGGUCACGGCAGAGCAGUGCUCCUAGCUGAGCAUGCUGCCUUCGCGGCCCUUCCCAAUGCCCAUAUGCAGCCACUCCUGCCCCAGGCAAAGGCUGAGGUUCCCCAGAAGUUUGCUAGUUAAAGAAGCGUGGAGCAAGCCAUGGGCUUGCACUCUUGGGGAGGAUUUGCUUGUUUUUCUUUCAUCUAAAUGAACAAAAAGACAUAAAAAGAAAUAUAAACUGCGACCAGGUUAAUUUUUAAUUCCUUUUUUUUCCUAACAAAUACAAAUAAGAAUAGAUAUUUCCACAUGAAAGCCUGGUUUGCUAUAUUGAAGCACACACCCUGAGCAUGACAUCUAGCUGGUACGUGCAUCACUGCCCAAUUCUGACCACUUCUCACUCCAAGAACCUCGCCGGCCCCGGUGAUCUCGAUAGCACCCACUCUCAGCGAGGGCUCAGUCACAGCACAUAAGCUACACUCAUUGGAUUUUCCUGGUAUUCUAUCAUCUGUCAGAAAUCUCCGCUCAGCCAAACACAUACAAUACAGCACUUCUGCAAGGACACUUCCACACAACGUGAGAGAUGCUCCAGGCUACGUUACUUGGCACCCUUUGGCUCCCACCAGCAGCUCCUUCCUGCACUGCAGGCAAGUGAUUCCCUGCAGAGGCAAUGCAGUUCAGAGAUGCAGCUCCUGGUCCCUCCUCCUCCUCUGCCCUCCAGUUUCGAUGACAGAACUCAUUCAGCAACUGCCAGUUUCCAUCCAACCAUACUCUAAGCUUUGUAUAGCCAAGGGGUGAGGAAAUAACAUGCUGAAAUGCAUUUCCUGUUCGUAACAACCAAAUCUGCUCAUCAUCUCACUCUGCCUUGGACUUCAUGGCAAAGUAUCAAGUAAAGCUCUCAGACAGCAGCCUGUUCACCUUUGCAAAAUGAUGCAUCUUGUCUCACUUAUGCCGCCCCGUUUUAAAUCUCUUUACAUUCCCCCAAAAAAACGUAGUAAAUCUUUGCAUUGCUGUGUAACACGGGAUUUCUAAAACAAGGACACACUCACUGUGCCUGCCGGUAUUUUAAGCUGCCACUGACACAGACAUCCACGUACAGCCUGCUCCACUGACACAGCUUAGCGGUGCCAGCAGAGAUGCAGGCCGAGUGGCUGCACGGCCAACACACGUCCCAGCAGGCAGCAGUGCUCUGCAGCUGCUCGAUUUUGGUCACAUUUCCCACAGCUCCUGAAAGACCUCAACCCUCAUCUUGCUGGAAACAGAUGAGCGCACCUAAGUGCGAUGCUUAUUUUCUCUCCUAGGACAGGUACAAUAUGCAGAAAGGUGUGCCAAAUAAAGGGAGGGUAUUACUUUUAAGAAACACCUCAGAAGGCAUCUUUGUCGCAUUGAGUUGGCAGCAGCGUCUUCUCCAUCCCUGCACAGCACUUCCUCCAGCUGACAAGCGUUUGUCUGACACCAAUCUUAAAUAAACCAUGAAGAUGACAGCACUUCUCUGUUGUUUCAAGUCAGGGUGAAUCAUG